UCCUGUUUCCUGUGGAACCCUGGACAGAGACCCGAAGUGAUGAAGAUCACUGGUGUGUUAGUUGUGCUCCUCAUGGUUUUUGGAUCCAGUCAUGGUUUAGAGGAUGUGAUUGUAACCUGCAGUGAGCAGUGGCUGUGGGUGAGAGUGAAGUGGCGGGUUCUUGGGAAUCACCCGGAGCCCCAGCUGUCCGAACUGUAUCUAGGAACUCGCUGCAGGGUGACUGAAAAGUCCAUGGGCUACUAUGAGUAUUUUUAUCCUCUCUCUCAAUGUGGAAUCAAAACUGAAGUACGCUCAUGGGGUAUUCUCAUUGAAAGUUCAAUCAAUUAUGAACCAGAAAAUUCAGAUUUCUGGGGUUUCUUACCAAUAUCAUGCUAUAUUCGAAGAUCGUUUACAUUAAAGUAUGUGAAAAAGGAGGUGGCCCAUAGUAGUGGUGAGUCCAAAAAGUCAGCGAGAAAGAAGAGCACAACUUCACAUGAGGCAAAGAGCUCGGUGAGCCAGCCAGAACGGACGGUGAGCAAUAUUGCCCGACCACAUCCAUUUUCUCCCUCCCGAUUAAGUAUGGAAAUUUACCUGUGAAUUCUGGACGGAGAGGCAGCCACGCUAACCCCAGAACUGUGGCUCCUGAGGACCUGCCUGUUGGAGAAUGGA